AAUAACAUAACAAAUAUUUCGAAUAAAUACUCUAAUGGCGUUCGACCACGCGGACUAGCUUAUUCGGCAUCGCCGGAAUCUCAAUGGCCGGCGAAGAGCCGGACGUCGAGAUCACCGUCAGGACUGUCGGUCCAGUCCGCCCUUAUCGGAUUCGAGUGCCUGCAGAAGUUAAGAUCGGAGAUCUGAAGAAAUUGGUGUUCCGAUCGCCGUCUUCGGUUCUCCAUGGAAAACCCCUUCAAGAAAGGAGGAAUGGAGAUUGCGAUGAUGUGCGCGUUAGAUUGCAAAAUGGGGAUUCACUGAUGGUUGCUGUAAUGCCUGAGGCUCCUGCUAAACAUCUCUGCGAUUAUGAUGAUAUUGAUGAUGAUGAAUUGAAGUUCCACAUUCCUCAAUCGGCAACCUGGUGGAAGAGGAAACUCUUUUAUCUCCUACGUGAAAGAUUGAGAUUACCUGAUAUGGUGCUGGUCGCGAUUUUCUCUGUAAGUCUAAAGGCAUGGGCUGGUGUCAUUCUCUGGUUUUUGUUUGCCCCUGUUGCGCAUAGAUGGGAUGUUGGGCCUUUAUAUAUACUUGGGACAGGUUUCUUAGUGAUUCUUCUAAAUCUUGGAAAGAGACAACAUGGUGAACUUAGCGCAUACUCCAUAUUCAACGAAGAUUUCAGAGAGCUCCCCGGCACACUAAAUGCCGAUCGUCUUGACCGCGACAUUAGAGCCGGACAGUUUUGAGCCAUCUCACCAGCAUUCUGAUGAUAAAUGAGUUGUACAGUUUCUAUCUUUGCUCCACCUUAUUACAUAAGCUAAUGUUUGAAUGUCAGCUAUGUUUUAGAGUAUAAAUUUUGAUAGAAAUUAAAAGACAAUUUGAAGUAAACAUGAAUUCUGUGGAAUCAAAUCACUGUUUGGCUUGCCAUGUUUCAUAACCUUUCGAGCUGUUUCUUC